AUGUCGGGAAGUGACAGCCCAACGUUUUUUCACGGCCAACCCUGGUCCAGCUGGAUCGAGAGGAUCGGCAGAGACAAGCCACUGAACAUUGAUCUUUAUGGAUUUUGCCCGGAGCGAGACACAUUCUAUGGGGUCGUCUGCGAGAUUUGUAAUGCCAUCGUCAAACCUCAGGCUCUCAUCCAGCAUAUGGAGAGUCGACACGCAUCGGGGACUGUCAACUUGCCUCCACCAUCAGCACCAGCUUCUAAGACCCCCGUGAAAACCCCAUAUUGCAAAGUCUCGAAGCUCACCAAAAAGAGCCAACCAACGACGCCCUCCUCGGUUGGGACCGCCACAGGCGGUGGGAAUAGCUCAGCCACGAGCAACUCUAAAAUCAACUACUCGUCGGUCAAAAGGAAUGCCGAGCAAGCAAACCUCCAGCAGCCGGCGUUGGCGAACGCGUCGCCGAGGUCGCCACUCGACUCGAUUGGGAUCUCCGGCAACUCAACCCUCUCCGGGGUGCCCUCCAGUCCGGUCAAAAGCCCCGGCAGCAACGGGAACACCACCACUGCCACCAGCAACAACAAUACCAGCAACAGCACCACCACCAACAGCAAUAGCAACAACGGUACCUCAGCAAACUCCACUGGUGCGACGUCUACGUCCACGACGGGCCCCGGGCAAAGGCGAAAGCGUCUCAAGGCGGACCGCGGGCUCGUCAAGGACAGAGAGUACGACCCGGACAGGCACUGCGGGGUCUGGAUCGAGGAGACGGGGAAAACCUGCACCAGGUCCCUCACCUGCAAGGCUCACACGGUCUCGCUGCGUAGAACAGUCAUCGGUCGGAGCAAAAGCUUCGACAAGCUCCUCGCCGACCACCGGGCUUCGAAGGAGCUCCCGAAUAGGACGCCGAAAGUAACCGUCACCGGGACUGUAACUGUCUCGACGGCUUCCGUGUCAGGAUUGACCGGAGUUUCUGGGGCGACGGCUGGUGUUGGUCUUGUUGGAAACAGCAACGACACCGAGGCUCCUGGGUCACCGCCUGUUUUAUCUCUACCGGACACUUAUCCACUGCCAAAGGCUGUUGAUUUGCUUUAUCGGUGUCUGGCCCCGCAUGGCUCCACUAAACCUACUAAGCUGGAAGAGGAUUUUGCUAAUGAGGAAUUGAGACUAGAGGCCUCCAGGUCUGCUGCUGCCAAUCCCGUCAAUCCUGCCGUGGUAUCCUCAUCCCCGCCAUCAACUGGGCCGCCACCACCACCUUCGUCAUCAUCAUCAUCAACACCGUCGUCAUUGGCGCCAACCACUUCCAAGUCAAUGCUGCCUCCAAUUUCAGUGGUGCUGCCUUCGCUGUCCCCGAUCGCCAACGACACGUCUCAGCACAUAUCCACGCUGAUCCCCGUUACCUCGAGCCUGUCCUCGGUUGUUUCAGCCUCGCUAGCGGCGCCCCAGCCCCAACUUCCCAGCACUGUCCUCGAAGGCGAGACCACGUGUGACGAAGAGUCCGAGAGCAUGACUCUCUACUCCCCGGUCGAAGCUACCACGACUUCGACGCCCUACUCGUCACACUUUAGUGACAUUGCCUGGUCUAACUGCCACCCUGAACCUCUCGCAGUCAGCCGGUGGCUGCGUAUCACCUCCACCCGUACUGUUGUUCUAUUCCGUCUUGCUCCAUCUUGUUCUCAAAGCAACCUGCCGCAGCAUCCCGCGUCCUCGGGUCUCGAGUCUUGGCUUCUCGGGAUGAGACCAGCAAGUGGGAGAUGA